AUGAGCCUGGUUGGAGACGACGAGCAAGAGCUGCCUCCUCCUCACAACAACGACGGCGGAAAAGCCUCGCCACGCGGCGGCGGAACGGCCGGGAGCACACCCCAGCGAGCCUGCUGGGGGGGCGGCCUGCCGCCUACCUGCGGGCCGGCGGCGGCUCGGGCGGCGGCGGCGGCGGCGGCAGCGGCAACAACAGCAGCAGCAGGAGCACAGGGAGGGGCGGGGUCGACGUCGGGCGGCAGCGGCCGGUUCCCUUCUCACGACCGCGAGAGCUUCGCGCGCACCCUGAACAACGAGGAGCUGGACGAGGUGUGGAAGGGGCUCGGGGAAGGGGUGAGCCAGAGGGGCUGCGGGUCGGAGGUCGGGGUGGGCUUCGAUCUAGCGGACACCACGCCGCCGAGCCCGAACGGAACGGGGGUCUCGGGCGCGUUCCCAAAACUCACCGCCAACGUCCUCGAGCGACACGACCAGCUCGCGGACGACGACGGCAGCGGCGGCGGCGGCGGCGGGAGCGGGGGGGGGGGCGGGGGGGCGGCGAACGUCGUGCCCAUCCCGAAGAAGUUGAUGGAGAGGUCGGCGGAGGACAUGGAGAACGGGACCUCCUCCAAGAAGAGCAGCGGCAACGGCAACGGCAACCAGCCCGCUAGUGGCGUGCAGCAGCAGGAGAAGACGCUGCUAGGAGCGAUCGUGUCGUACGGCGUCCUGGUCCUGUGGGUGGGGCACCUCGUGUUCAACGUCUUGUUACUGUGGCGUGUCGUUGCUGAUGAGCAAGUCUGGGCCCUCUGCUUCCUCCCGGGGGUGCUGGGCAUCCUCUUGUCGGUCAACAGCUGCCGGAAGAGCCAUCGCCGCUGCAAGCCGUUGAACGCCGACGACGCGCAGACGCAGCGGCGGCAGAGGGGGCGGGAGCGGAGCGCACCACACGCGUGCGCGCUUCCCGCCCACACGCUGCUCCUCUUGGCGGUGGUGGUGUGCCUCGGCUUGCACGCGUCUGCCUUGCUCUUCUGCGAGAAGGACAUGUUGCUGGUGUUCGAGGAGGAGACGCUGGACCCUCUCUGCGACGACAGCUCGUUGGCGCUUCCCCUUAUCCUGGACGCGAUUGUUCUUUCGGUGGCCAGCCUCAAGGCCAGCAGCUUGUGCUGGGCGUGGGUCCUGAACUAA